AAAUAACUUCAAUUCACCGAGACAGGUAAAUGCAUACGCACAUACGCACGCACGUACAUCACGACUUACAAUAGUGUUUGUCCGCAUACUUCUGUCAGUGAUCUACAGUGGUUUACAGCGAAUCAUUAUUAAUAUUAGAGUGUACCGCAACACGUCCGCGUCUCCGGAAUCUUUGAUUGUAUACCGGCUCCGUUUGUAUCGUCAUCGUCGUCGAAAUUUGCACCGAAGUCUUCGGUCCGUCCCGACGGACGAAAUUAAUCCAAAAAAUAAUUUAUAUCACUGCAGUACCAAUAAUCAAAGGUACUUAUUAUGCCAUCAAGAUACUCUCAAGCUAGUCAACUAAAAACUGGAAAUGGGGCUGUAAACGGUGAUUUUUCACAUUUUGAAAAUGACGAAGUGGUCAUCAGCGGGAUAUCCGGACGUUUUCCGGAGUCCAAUUCAAUCGCUGAAUUCCGAGAAAACCUGUUCACUGGUGUAGAUAUGGUCACAGACGAUGAUCGUCGUUGGCCUGCUGGUCUUUACGGCCUCCCGUCGAGGACUGGAAAACUCAAGGGAUUGGAAUAUUUCGAUGCCAAUUUUUUUGGAAUACAUGCUAAACAGGCGGAAGCCAUGGAUCCACAGUUAAGAUUACUUUUAGAAUCAACUUACGAAUGUAUCGUGGACGCUGGCGUGAACCCGGACGAAAUCCGUGGAUCGAAAACCGGAGUGUUCGUGGGCACAUUCCAAAGUGAGACGGACGACUACUGGAGCCGAGUGCAAGAGCGCGUGGACGGAUUCGGGCUGACCGGAUGUAGCCGAGCCAUGUUCCCCAAUCAGAUCUCGUACACGUUCGAUUUCAACGGACCCAGUUACGCGGUAGACACAGCCUGUUCGGGCAGUCUGUUCGCUUUGUCGCAAGCACUGUACUGCAUCCGGAGCGGACAGUGCGAGGCGGCCGUGGUGGGCGGUGUUAACCUACUGCUCAAGCCCACCAACUCGUUACAGUUUCACAAGUUGAGCAUGUUGUCGACGAAAGGGAUGUGCCGAGCUUUUGACGCGUCCGGAAACGGAUACGUGCGGAGCGAAGCUGUAGUAUCAGUAUUCUUGCAGAAGGCUGGUGUAGCCAAAAGAAGUUAUGCUACGGUAGUGGAAGCAUUGACCAAUAACGAUGGGUUUAAAGACCAGGGAAUCACAUUUCCGAGUGGAGUCAUGCAAAAUAAACUCAUCCAAGAAGUUUAUGCCAAAUGCGGUGUAGAUCCAGCUGAGGUGUUUUACGUAGAAGCUCACGGGACGGGGACUAAAGCUGGUGAUCCACAAGAGGUCAAUUCUAUUGCAGAAUUUUUUACUAAAGACCGAAAAUCGCCACUGUUGAUAGGUUCUGUCAAAUCGAACAUGGGUCACUCCGAACCCUCUUCCGGUCUCUGUUCGUUAGCCAAAAUUGUCAUUUCUAUGGAAAGUGGUAAAAUUCCUGCAAAUCUUCAUUUUGUCAGCCCAAACCCUGACAUCCCAGCUUUGUUAGACGGAAGAUUACAGGUCGUGAACAAAAAUUGGGACUUCAAUGGUAAUUAUGUGGCUAUCAAUUCUUUUGGUUUUGGUGGUGCCAACGCUCACGUGUUGUUGAAGUCAAAUCCCAAAACAAAAACCAAUACAAUUGUAAACUAUGUACCCCGUUUGAUAACCGUGUCUGGAAGAACAGAAAAAGCAGUGAAUAAUAUGUUGAAAAAUAUUGCUGAAACACCGUUAGACGAUGAUUUUGUUUCUUUGUUACACGAUAUUCAUGCUAAUAACAUUAACGGACACGGUUAUAGAGGAUAUUCAAUCUUAGGAAAAUCGAUCUCUGAAGUUACUGAAGUAAAAUUAAGUAAAAGACCAGUGUGGUUUGUUUUUUCUGGAAUGGGGAGUCAAUGGGCUGGUAUGGUUGAAGGAUUCCUUCAAUUAGAACCUUUUGCUAAAGUCAUCAACAUAGCAGCUACUGUUCUUCAAGCCGAAGGUAUUGAUUUGCUGAGCAUUUUGAACUCCAAAGAUGAGAAAACAUUUGAAAAUGUCCUCAAUUCGGCUGUAUCGAUAACAUGCGUGCAAGUGGCAUUGACUGAAUUAUUGAAAUCAAUUGGAAUCGAACCGGAUGGUUUUGUCGGCCACUCAGUUGGUGAACUUGUUUGUGCUUAUGUCGAUGGAUCACUUACCAUUGAACAGACUAUUUUAGUUUCAUUAUCGAGAGCUCGUUGUAUUUUGGAAGCUAAACUCCCUCAAGGAUCGAUGGCUGCUGUUGGCUUGACUUGGGAAGAUACUAAAAAAAAAUUGCCAGCUGAUUUGGAAGCUUCCUGUCAUAAUAGUGAAGACAGUGUAACAAUAUCCGGCCCUUCUAAAAGCGUUAGUGAAUUUAUAAAAACUUGCAAAGCUGAAGGAAUUUUUGCCAAAGAAGUCAAUAGUUCUGGAUUUGCUUUUCAUUCUAAAUAUAUUGCUGAUGCAGAACCAGCACUUCGUAAGAGUUUGGAAAAAAUUUUACAAAACCCAAAACCCCGGUCUUCAAAAUGGAUCAGUUCAUCUAUACCCGAAAAAUUAUGGGAUACUCCGAUUGCUAAAACAAGUUCUAUUGCAUAUCACGUAAACAAUUUAUUGUCACCGGUUUUGUUCCAUGAAGCUAUACUUCAUAUACCAAAAGAUGCUAUUGUUAUUGAAAUUGCGCCACAUGCAUUAUUUCUAGCUAUUUUAAAGAAAUCUCUAGGGCCAGAUUGUUUGUGCAUUGGUCUAACUAAGCGUUCAACAAAUCCUCAAGGGAAUAUUUCAGUCUUAUUAUCAGCUAUUGGAAAAUUAUACAAUGCUGGACUUCAAACACAAAUCAAAAAUUUGUACCCGACUGUGUCAUAUCCUGUUGGACGUGGGACACCAAUGAUUCAAUCGUUGGUCGAAUGGGAUCACUCUUCUAAAUGGACCGUUGCUAAUUUUCAACAAAAGGAAACUGGAUCUGGUGAGUGCAUAAUCAAAGUUGAUUUAAGUAAGGAAGAAGACCAGUUUUUAUCUGGCCAUGUAAUUGAUGGAAGAGUGCUAUUCCCUGCAACAGGAUACUUAACACUUGUAUGGAAGACAUUCGCUAAAAUUCAUGAUAAGAACAUCGAAGAGUUCCCAGUUUCUAUUGAAAAUGUACAGUUUUUGCGUGCAACUAUCAUGCCUAAAACUGGAAACAUAAGCUUCUCAAUCAGAAUUUUUGAAGGAACUGGCAAUUUUGAAAUCUGUGAAGGAGAUUCUGUUGCAGUAACUGGUAAUAUCUCUAUUAUAAACAACACGGAUUUAAAACAAUUAGAUGCUGAACUACCUAUUUUCGAGAUCAAUGAGAAGACUAUACCAUUUAAGACAGGGGACAUAUACAAAGAUUUGGGUUUGCGAGGAUAUGAUUAUAAAGGAGCAUUUAGAGGAGUAAAAGAAUCUGAUAACAAAGGUAUUCAAGGAAAAUUGGAAUGGAAUGGAAACUGGAUUAGCUAUAUUGAUACAAUGCUUCAGUUUUCAAUUUUGGGUUUGAAAGUAAAAGAACUAUAUUUACCGACAAGAAUGCAAAAAAUUAUUGUUGAUCCUGUUAAGCAUUUGAAAAUUAUUGAAUCCUUACCUGAGAGUAGCUCGAUCUCCAUAAAAAUGUACAGAGAUAUCAAUGUCAUAAAAUCUGGUGGAAUUGAACUUCGUGGCUUGAAAUUGAGCCUAGCUCCAAGAAGACAACAAUCGCAAGCAGCUCCUAAAUUAGAAAAAUACACAUUUAUACCAUACACUGAUGAUAAAAUUGUUUCUUCCCAAACCGAAAUAUCAGACAUAUUUUCUUCGUAUUUACAAAUCGUUUUAGAAAACAGUGCUGGGGCUAUAAAAGUAAAGGUUGUUGAAUAUGGAGCAGAUAAACCAUUUGAAGAAAUAUAUAUGCCUAAUAUUGUAAAUAUUCUGGAAUCUGAACCCUUGAUAUCAUUGGACGCAACUUUAGUUACUACUCAAAAACAAGCUUUGGUUCAGUUUUUGGGAUCAUUAGAAGUGAAAAUGACAAAUAAAUCAUUAGAAAGUGGGCCUAUUGAAUCUAACGCUCAUGUGGUGGUCGCAUUUGAUGCGUUGGAGUCAAGUAAAAAACUAAAUAACUUGGCCGAGACAGUAAAGGACGGCGGAUUUAUCCUUUUAUCUGAAGCCAAAAAUGUUUCUCAAAGCCUUGCUGAGAAUAACAAUCUCAUUUUUAUAAGCAAGUUAUCUGCUGACGGUAGAACAUUCUAUUUGUUGAGAAAGCUAAUAAAAAAUCAACCAGUUUCUGAAGUAAUUCAAGUAUCUGAAAAAUCUUAUGAAUGGGUUGAGACAUUAAAAUCAGCUUUAAAAACUGCUGAAGCUGACCCAAGCAAGAAAAUUGUUUUGUUUGCUCAAGGAGAAGAUACUAAUGGUAUUAUCGGUUUGGUUAAUUGUGUCAAACAAGAGCCUGGCGGUAAUAGUGUCAGAUCAGUAUUCAUUAAAGACCCGGCUGCACCAAAAUUCUCUUUAACCGAUCCUCUAUACGCUGCACAGCUGAAAAAAGAUUUACUGAGCAAUGUAUUGAAGCCUAAUGGAGUGUGGGGUUCAAUGAGACAUUUGAAAUUAGAAAACCAACAGGAUAAGCCCUCAUUACAAGUUGAGCAUGCUUACAUUAACGCUCUGACUAGAGGAGAUUUGAGCAGUUUGAAAUGGAUUGAAGGACCCUUGACUUAUUAUAAACCUGAAUACAACCCAAAUACUGAAUUGUGUACCGUUUAUUACGCACCACUUAACUUCCGUGAUAUCAUGUUAGCAUCUGGAAAACUUCCUCCUGAUGCAUUGCCUGGUGAUUUAGCUGGACAAGACUGCAUUCUUGGACUUGAAUUCUCUGGUCGUAAUUCUAAAGGUAAAAGGGUGAUGGGUAUGCUUGCUGCUAGAGGGUUGGCUACUAGUGUUCUAGCUGAUCCUGGGUUCUUGUGGGAAGUACCUAGCAAAUGGACAUUGGAAGAAGCAUCGACUAUACCUGUUGUUUAUGGAACUGCCUACUAUGCACUCUGUGUAAGAGGACGAAUGAAGCCAGGUAACUCAUUGUUAGUUCAUGCUGGUACUGGAGGUGUCGGUCAAGCAGCAAUCGCUAUUGCUCUACAUAUGGGUGUUACUGUUUACACUACUGUUGGUAGCAAACAAAAGAGAGAAUUUUUGAAAAAGACAUUCCCUAAGUUAACUGACAAAAAUAUUGCCAAUUCUCGUGACACGAGUUUUGAACAACACGUAUUAAGAGAAACUAAAGGUCGUGGUGUAGAUCUCGGCGGGCGCCGGAUGACAGAAGAUAAACUUCAAGCAUCUGUCCGUUGCUUGGCCAAAGACGGUCGUUUCCUUGAAAUCGGUAAACUUGAUUUAUCCAACAACAGUCCUCUAGGAAUGUCUGUAUUUUUGAAAAACACUACAUUCCACGGAAUUCUUUUGGACUCAUUGUUUGAUGCCGGUUCCGAAAGUGAAGACAAGAAAGAAGUUGUGAGAUUGCUAAAUGAAGGUAUCAAGAAUGGCGCAGUUAACCCUCUACCAGCCACAGUAUUCACUGAAUCUCAAGUAGAACAAGCGUUCAGAUUUAUAGGAUCCGGUAAACAUAUUGGAAAAGUAGUGUUGAAAAUUAGAGAUGAGGAAUCUUCAGCAGUUGUUAAACCUGCAACCAAAUUGGUAACUUCUAUUCCACGGUCUUACAUGAACCCAGACAAGACAUAUGUACUUGUUGGAGGUCUGGGAGGUUUUGGAUUGGAAUUAGCUAACUGGUUGAUAGUGAGAGGAGCCAAAAACCUUGUAUUGACCGCUAGAAGUGGAAUCACCACUGGUUAUCAAGCUAAUUGUGUAAACAAUUGGAAAGAAUCCGGCGUUAAUGUAUUGAUAUCUAAGGCUGAUUGUUCAACAUUAAAUGGAGCUCAACAAUUGAUCGACGACAGUAAUAAAUUGGGACCAGUUGGAGGUGUUUUCAACUUGGCUGCUGUAUUGAGAGAUGCAUUCUUAGAAAAUCAAACGCCACAAGAUUUUGAAAUAGUGAGCAAACCUAAAGUAACUGGUACUAAAAACUUAGACACCGUUACCAGGAAGUCUUGUCCCGAACUCGAUCACUUUGUCGUAUUUUCAUCAGUAUCUUGUGGUCGCGGUAAUGCUGGACAAACUAAUUACGGUUUUGCCAACUCGGUUAUGGAAAGAAUUUGUGAAGCUAGACAAGAAGCUGGUCUUCCAGGGUUGGCUAUUCAAUGGGGUGCUAUUGGAGAUGUUGGACUUAUCAUGGAAACAAUGGGUGGAAACGAUACAGUGGUUGGUGGUACAUUGCCGCAGCGUAUGGCUUCUUGUUUGAGUGCUUUUGAUGUAUUUUUGCAACAUCCACAACCUGUCUUGGCUUCUAUGGUAUUGGCUGAAAAAAGAAAGGGAGGUUCUGGUGGUGCCGGACAAGUGAGCUUAAUUGAAGCUGUUGCCAAUAUUCUUGGUAUCAAAGACACUAAGAAUAUCAAUGCAUCAGCAACUCUAGCUGAUCUGGGUAUGGAUUCUUUGAUGGGUGCUGAAAUCAAACAGACUUUGGAGAGAAAUUAUGAUUUGGUGUUGAGUGUUGGAGAAAUUAGAACUUUGACUGUUAAGAGACUGCAAGAAUUACAAAAUGAUGGUAGUGAUUCACCAGCUAUUGAUACGUCAAUUGUAGAAACUAAAAAUACUUUAAAUGUGGCCUGAAAAAUUUGUCAAUAUUGAUUAAUAUUAAUUUCUGUCGUGUCGAUGUAAAUAAUUUCAAUCCAAUUUUUUUCGUUGGAAAUGAUGUAUAUGUUGGAAGUAGAAGUUAGUAGGUAUAUUGAUUUUCGAUCUUCAAUUUUUUUUUUUUU